AUGGAUGAAAGUUGCAGCUGGCUCAUGCUGUACCUCUUCCACCUCCACCACAGUGGUGGUCUCCAUGCUACCUGCCCAGCUGUGUUGCCUCCACCCAGUGCCACUCUGGCCCCCAGUGCCACCGACUCAAGGCAGCCGCUUUCCACUGCUGCCCCCAAGGCCGGGGGCUCCUUCGAGAUCCUCCCAGCCCCCAAGCCAGACUUGGCUGCCAUCCCUGCCCACGACCUGCAGGCGCAGGCCCUGGCCAAGCUGCGCCUCAACUCGCGCAAUUCCUUCCUCUUUGUGCCGCGUCGGGAGGGGAGACUGACUUCACAGCCUCCGGCCCAGAGCACCAGAGCGGGGCUGCCCCCACCGCCCUUGGAGCGUGAGGUCCAGCAGGAGCCUCCAAGGGCUUCUGCUAAGGAGCACGAAGAGCCUGUUGCUUCUCAGGCGGCGCCUCAGGAUCCUAUCGUGCCCGUGACUUACAUUGAUGACAUUGUGGAGCCGGACAGCGGGGAGCUUUCCCACAGGGGUGGCACGGCCAUGAGGACAGGCACCUUGGCAGAGCAGCCUCAAGAAGCUGCCUCUGACCUGGAGAUGGAGUAUUCCUCUGUGCCCCUCUAUAAACCCCACGCUGUCUGCCCCACCAGCCGUCAGCGAGGAGGCAACACGUUCACUGUAGUGCCCAAAAGGAAGCCCGUCGCCUCGGGCUUGCAGACUUUGACUGAGGCCAGCAGACGGUCACAGCUGGAGGAAGACGAGGAGGAGGAGGAAGGCAAAGGAAAAGGCAAAGCUGUGGAGAAUGCCGAAGUGUCCCACACAGGGACUGCUCUUAAAAAGCGCUACCCCACUGUGAAUGAGAUUGAAGUGAUUGGUGGCUACCUGUCCCUGGAGAGGUCCUGCAUGAGCAAAACGGGCCGCCGUAAGAAGAUGAAGAUCUCUUUCAAUGAGACAAGUUUGCAGACCAUGUUUGAGUACCCUUCAGAGAGCUCACUAGCAGAAGAGGAGGAGGAGGAAGGACAUGCUUCUGAAACAGAGGAAGACAAGAAUUGCACCUUUUUCAUUCCAUGCCCAAAUAGCACUUUGAAUCCCAGUAUACCCAACUCAGCAGAUUUAUCCAGCUACACCCCAAAGCACUCCGUGAAGUUCAGCGACUGGCAAGAGCAGAAGUACGAGGAGGUGCCCAACUCAGAGGGACACCUCCGAAAAGAAGCUGAUUCUGUUGGAAACCAAGUCAUGCUCACCCCGGCAGAGAAGGGAGGCCUCUCUGACUUCAGCAGUGAGCCUGCACUCUACUUCUGAUUGCUCCAUCUUCUGGCCUGCAGCAGCUGCUGCUGGACAAAACCAGGCAGUGCCC